AUGUCGGAACACCUUGGAACUAAACCAGUCGAAAACCACAAGUGUAACAUUAGGAAACAAAAUUCAAAAAAGUCUCCUCCUCCACCAGCGCUGAUGAAGAAACGUAGGCUUGCCGCCAACGCUCGUGAACGGCGUCGCAUGAACAGCCUCAACGUCGCUUUUGACCGAUUGCGGGAACAUGAAAACUAUCCAGAACAAAUAAUACCUGAUGCUGCUAGUAGUCAUGAAAACUAUCUAGAACAAAUAAUACCUCAUACUGCUAGUAGUCAUGAAAACUAUCCUGAACAAAUAAUACAUGAUGCUGCUAGUAGCCAUGAAAACUAUCCAGAACAAAUAAUACCUGAUGCUGCUAGUAGCCAUAAAAACUAUCCUGAACAAAUAAUACCUGAUGCUGCUAGUAGCCAUGAAAACUAUCCUGAACAAAUAAUACCCGAUGCUGCUAGUAGCCAUGAAAACUUUCCUGAACAAAUAAUACAUGAUGCUGCUAGUUGCCAUGAAAACUAUCCAGAACAAAUAAUACCUGAUGCUGCUAGUAGCCAUGAAAAGUAUCCUGAACAAAUAAUACCUGAUGCUGCUAGUAGCCAGGAAAACUAUCCUGAACAAAUAAUACCUCAUGCUGCUAGUAGCAAUGAAAACUAUCCAGAACAAAUAAUACCUGAUGCUGCUAGUAGCCAUGAAAACUAUCCUGAACAAAUAAUACCUGAUGCUGCUAGUAGCCAGGAAAACUAUCCUGAACAAAUAAUACCUGAUGCUGCUAGUAGUCAUGAAAACUACUCUGAACAAAUAAUACCUGAUGCUGCUAGUAGCCAUGAAAAGUAUCCUGAACAAAUAAUACCUCAUGCUGCUAGUUGUCAUGAAAACUACUCUGAACAAAUGAUACCUGAUGCUGCUAGUAGCCAUGAAAAGUAUCCUGAACAAAUAAUACCUCAUGCUGCUAGUUGUCAUGAAAACUAUCCUGAAUAA